CAGCAGACCGCUGGGCAUUCAUCAGAUCAAAAUAAUGAACAAGAUGCUGAAGCAUCUGAACCACAAAGGGAAGCCGGGCCCAGCGGUGUUAGUGUCCAUAAUCCGGAUCAGAAUGUUAGAGCUGCGAGUCAUGAUUGCGAGGGUCCCCGAUGCCUCUGUCAUAGAUAUGAAAAUGGAGAAUUGGCAGUUGUUGUGAUGAAUCAAAAUCGUAAUCAGGAGAGAAAUGAAGCUUAUCAGAACGUGGGUCGUGGAAAUCGAACAUUCCAAAAUCGACAAAAUCAUCCGAAUCUUAAUCCAAAUUAUCAAAAUCCCGUUGAUUUGAUUCGCCAUCAAAGAUAUAGGCAACAACAAGAGCCAGAGGAGAAUAUUUACGAAAGACUUGACAAUGACGAAGAUGAAAUUGAGGACGUUGAAUUAAUUCGAAAUGAAAAUAUCGUGAGUGUACAAAAUGCCGUUGAUAAUCAUACAUACGAAAGGAUUGAUAAUCGUUCCACUUAUCGUUCGGGAUUGCAGAAUAGAAAUAAUUUUUAUAUAGCCAAUAACCUGCCAGGACACAAUGUCCUUAAUGAAUUUGACGCUAGAAAUUUUGGUCAUUACGAUCAACCUAGAAAUUUAUAUCUCGAAUCAAUGAGAAAUAUAAGAAAUCAAUUUUGUCCAUAUCAAAUUGGAAGACUUGGUCGAAAUUGUUUUUCAACGGAGAAUAUUGCCUAUGCCUCAUAUAGAAGAUAUAUUUAUCAAGGUAGUCGUAAUUGUUCGUGUCAAGUGUGCAGACAUUUGUGUCAUCAGUGUUUCAAUAUUCAAGAUCGAUGGCGAUAUCAAGAUUCAGGAAAUGCAACAACAGCGUUUGGCAACUCAAGAAAUUAUAUUUAUCAAGUUGCUCGUAGUUGUAAGUGUUCAUUUUGUCGUGGUGAAUUUGCUUACUCAAGAUUCCCGAUAAAUUCUAAUCGUCUCGCUGAAUCACUUCGUCGUGAAUGUCAAUGCAGAGAUCCUGGAAAUUGUCCUCGUUGUUUUUCAUUAAAUUCUGCCAUUUACAUUGGACGUUACGAUCAAUCAGUGAAUAAUCCAAUUUAUGGCAAUCCAACAAUUUACGUUGGUAGAAUCGACAGAUCUUACGGUUCAGGAUUAAAUAGCUUAAUGACUGCUGACACUUCGUCAACAUCAAAUUCAACCUCCAGCUCGAAUUCAAAUCCAAUUGCUGGAAAUUCAGCGUCAAACGAUUUAGAUCCAUCUAUUGGAAGAAGUACUGCCAAUUCAAAUGUUCCCUCAACGUCUUCUACUUCCAUUUAUCCUGUGAAUAAUACUGUGAAUCGACAUCACACCUGUGAUGAUUCUUGUAUCAGGAAUCAAGGCAAUUUAAACACUGGGGUUUGUCAAUUUUUAGGUCGUUGCGAAAGAAGUGAAUGUCAACAUGCAGGAAGACUUUCGUUACAUUGGUGGUUCGUUAAUAAAUGGUUACCUUCCUGGGUAACACAAAAUGUUGAUAGAAAUAAUGCCGAGAGAAAUUCGGAAGCAAAUCCCAAAAUUGAAGAACCACCUGAACAACAAGAUAGUGAUAGUGAGGAUCCUUAAAUGUAAGUUUUCAGCGAGCAGUCAUAUAAUUCAUGAUUUUUUUUUUUAUGGGAAAAGAAAACAAAAAUUACUCAUAUUUAUAAUUUGAAACAGUAAUUCUUUUAAAAUGAAUAGUUUGAUUCUGAACCUCCUUAAGAGAAAGAAAAACAUUUUUCUUUUUUAUUUCCCAAAUUUUAAGAGUGAUAUUGUCCAAUUAAGAUUAUGUCUUAGACAAAUAUUGCCAACACAGUACUUUUUCAACAGAAAAAAAUUGUAAAUAUAUGCCAUCAAAUUUCAGGCAAUUGAUGAACAAUUUUUUAAAAUUGAUACUUAAAAUUUUGGAUUUAGUAAACUAUGGAUACUAUGAAAAAGUUAUUUCAUAACAAAAUAAAUAAAUAACAUUACUAAUAUUA